GCCUCCAUUUUGAGGUCACCAACACCGACCAGUCACAGCGUUACUGUCCUGCAAAUGCAAGCCGAACCACUUGAUCGCCAUAGCAUUUGACGAACUCUUGUUUCCACAUCCGCGUUGCCAGAACAGUUGACGCAGCACCAACCUUACCCAACAUGAGCCAACUACAGAUGGACCACGAACACCAUCACCAAGAACCGUUCGAAGACCAUACAGCAUGGCAUGAUAAUGGCCAGUAUCCACAUCACUCGUCGCCAGUGCAAGACUUUGGGUUCCACGCAUAUACGCCAAUGCCAAUGGAGCCUAUGUAUGGGACUGGCAUGCAUCCACCACAUCCUACACAUCAACCACCGAGAUCGACGCACCAGCAGCUUCAGCCUUUAAUCAUGCCACAGUGGCCCAGCAUGUUGACCAGCCAGUCGACAUAUCAACCGUCGAUCUUUCCUUCGGCGCCUGUACCAAUAACACCAGCAUCAGCCACUCCUGUCUCGGCAACAUCCACCCAUUCGAGAACAUCUUCAACACCUAGAAAGACCUUGACUGACCAGGAUCGUCGCCGUAUGUGCCAAUACCACGAGGACAACCCCACUGUUAAACAGACUGAGAUUGGAGCAAUGUUUGGUGUGGAAAGAAGUACCGUUUCGAAAGUGCUGCGACAAAAGGAAAAGUACCUGUACCAGGACGACGGCAGUCGUUCGCCUAUUAGGAAGUCAAAGGGGAAGUUCCCUGACAUCGAGCGAGCACUCUCGAAUUGGGCCCGGAAUCAUCAAAGGCAAGGCUACCAGCUCACUGAUGCAAUCAUUCGGGACAAAGCCCGCUUCUUCGCACAGACUGUAGGGAACUCCGAGAGUCAUCUCAAAGCAAACAGCACCAGUUGGCUGGAGAAGUUCAAGCAGAAGAACCAUUUGAUGGGCGCAAAGUCUCGUAAGGGAUCGAUAGCAGAAGAGUCAGAGGGUGCCUCAAACCCACCCUCAAACGUACAAACUCCUGGGGCGCUUUCGCCCCUGUCCCCUGACGAAGACUCUCCUACCAUCCCAAAUCUGGCGGUCAAAAAGAGUGAGGACAGCCUGAAGACUGAGAGUCCUGAUCCUUUCGACUUUUCUGGUCGACGACCCUACAACUCACAGAGUACGACAUCUUUAUCAACAAUCUUCACUGAACAAGGACCUACCAGUCCUACGUCGCCAUUCUUUACACCGGACUCAGCAUGCGGGCCUAAUCCAUUCAUCGGUAGUCGUCAGGCUUCCAAUGGGCAGCCAGGGAGCAACGGUUUCCAGCGGCCACGGAGUCAAACAUUCCCCUUGUUGGUAGGUGUUGAACAAUAUGCGUCGCCGCCAGCAUCAUCAGAGGCAAUGACUCCGAAAUACAUCAGCAGCACUGCGCUUGACUCCCCCAUGGCAGAGCUAGGCGAUCCAAUAACCUCGAUCGACGAGGCCAUGUCUGUAUCACCUUCCCAGAUUUCAAACUCAAUGCAGCCACCACCUCUGCCAGCUACCACUUUUGGAGGGAUCAAGUCAACAGGUUCGCCAGUCUCACCUUCCCAGGAGGAAGCAGCGCGCGCGCUAGAGCUAGUCAUGAGUUUCUUCAAGUCACAGUCGGGCGAUUUUGCGGUUGCGCCUGAGGAGUACAUGACGAUUGGAAAGCUCAUGGAGAAGUUGCGGAUCAAGAGCCGAUCUGAGAGCAUACCAUCAGGCGUUCGACGCGCAUCAGAACCCGAUUACCUCGUCACCAAGCUAGAGACUGUCGACGUUUUACACUAGACAACAGCCUUCUUAAAGACAUCGACUCAAGCACCGCUUCGCGCCACGCAACAUGCGGAGGAAAUUGGACAACCAUAAAAUUAUUAAUAAUACGUUGGAAAGACGCAUAUUUCGAUUUGAUCACAACCCAAAAGGAGGACAAUAAAGGCACAUC